CUCCCUGCUUCCACAAUGGCUGUUCGUCUUGCAGUGAGUUCUGCAGAAAGAAGGAUCAGAUUCGGUUUUCUGAGGCCUGUGACAGUGGCCACAAACAUCAGGAGAGGGGCAGUAGGUAAUGCUGCUGCUUCUGUCACUGUCCAGGACAGCCACGAGAAGCUUAAGACUGUAGCUGACCUCCCAGAGAUCAAAACCUUUUGGAUGCUCUACACAAUGAUUAUUAAAAGGUGCAUGAAUCGCAUACAUGAGAUGCAGAUAUACUCAAGCAAGGAUUAUGGCCCUUUGUUCAGAGUGAAUGCUGGAAACCUCCAAUCCAUUUGCAUAAACAGUGUGGACUUACUGGAGGAACUCCUUAGAAAAGAUGAGAAGUUUCCUUCCAGAGGACACAUGAAUCUGUGGAGAGAGCACCGUGACAUGAGAGGCAUCAGCUACGGCCCUUUCACAGAAGAAGGAGAGAAAUGGUACAAACUGCGGAGAGUGCUGAACAAACGCAUGCUGCACCCAAAGGACUCUGUUCAGUAUGGAGAUGUGGUCAAUGCAGUGGUCACAGACUUCAUCGAACGCAUUCAUUCUCUGCGGGAGAUGAGCCCCACUGGUGAUCUGGUCUCCAACUUGACCAGUGAGCUUUAUCGUUUUUCCCUUGAAGGUAUCUCAUCCAUUCUGUUUGAGACACGCAUUGGCUGCCUGGAAAAAGAAAUUCCGGCUGAGACGCAAGAUUUUAUUAACUCAAUUGCACAAAUGUUCACCUACAACGUCCACGUUGUGUUCCUGCCAAACUGGACUCGAAAUUACUUGCCAUUUUGGCAGUGGUACAUUGAUGGUUGGGAUGGCAUAUUCAAAUUUGCCAGAAAAAUGAUUGACAUGAAGAUGGAGGCCAUACAGAAGCGUGUGGAUGCAAAUCAGGAGGUUGCUGGGGAGUAUCUCACUUACCUGCUUUCCAAUGUCAAGAUGAGCAGUAAAGAUGUGUAUGGAAGUAUUUCUGAGCUGCUGAUGGCUGGAGUGGACACAACCUCCAACACUGUGCUGUGGGCGCUGUAUCUUCUCUCAAGAGAUCCAGAAGCUCAAGAGGCUCUGUAUCAGGACGUAACCAGAGUCUUAAAUGGUGACAAAAUCCCAACAGCGCAGGAAGUGAACAGCAUGCCUUACCUCAAAGCCGUCGUCAAGGAAACAUUAAGGAUGUACCCCGUGGUGCCCAUGAAUUCUCGUGUUAUUUCAGAAAAUGAUGUUGUCAUUGGAGGAUACUUUUUCCCUAAAGAGACAUCAUUCGGUUUGUGCCACUUUGCAAUGAGCCAUGAUGAGAAAGUCUUCCCAGAGCCACGAAAGUUCAAACCUGACCGCUGGCUCAGAGAUGGCAGAACAAGACCCAACCCAUUUGGAUCACUUCCGUUUGGCUUUGGAGUCAGAGGCUGUGUUGGACGCCGCAUUGCUGAACUGGAGAUAUAUCUGCUUUUGGCAAGGUUAAUCCAGUUGUUUGAAGUCCGACCGGACCCAGCUGUAGGUGAGGUUAGGUCACUCAGUCGCUCAGUGCUUGUGCCAGACAGACAGGUGAACCUUCACUUUGUGGAGAGACAGAAGACAUCUUCUGAACCAUAGCUGAAGAAUACCACCAUUUUAGCAAGAUAUAAGCUAUCUGUGUACAUAUAUGAAAAUGAUCAGCUGGUGUGAUUCAUGUGAAUAUGCCAACUAUUUUCCCUAUGUGGAUAUAAUUUUUUGUGCUUAGGAAUAUGUAAUUUAAAGGACACUGUAUAACAAUGUAAAAAAAACUACUUUUUUUCUGAGCCAAUUUUGUAUAAUUUUUUUGCCAGUAAAAAUUGUUGUUGUGAAUUGUAUUUCAUAUUGCUGAUAUAUGUAUUAUAUGAACUUAAAGAUCUAAUAAACCUUUCAGUGAAU